AUGGUACGGGAGUUAUUCACACUUGCUCGUAGUAAGAAGGCAUGCAUAUUGUUUAUUGAUGAGGUUGAUGCCAUUGGUGGCUCUCGUGGUAGUGGUGGUAGUGGAUCAGAGGAUGAUGAAGUGCAGAGAACUAUGCUGGAAAUUGUCAAUCAGUUGGAUGGUUUUGAUGCUCGAGGCAAUGUUAAGGUUUUGAUGGCCACCAACAGACCUGAUACUCUCGAUCCAGCACUACUACGGCCUGGUCGACUUGACCGUAAAAUUGAAUUCGCGUUACCGGAUUUAGAUGGUCGUACGCAUAUUUUCAAGAUCCAGGCCCGCAGUAUGAACAUGGAUAGAGACAUUCGUUUUGAACUCCUGGCAAGGCUGUGUCCUAACUGUACUGGUGCUGAUAUAAGAAGUGUGUGUACGGAGGCGGGGAUGUUUGCCAUUCGAGCGAGGCGGAAAUCUAUUUCUGAGAAGGAUCUCAUUGAGGCGAUUAAUAAGGUUGUGAAGGGAUACGCUAAGUUCUCGGCAACACCAAAGUAA